AUGUCUUCUGCUCAAGGACCUCCGCUACACGCACGGAAGGGCGGCCCAGGCAGGGGCAACAAGAGGAAGCGCUCAAUCGAGAUUCCAGAGGCGACUGACCCGUCUUUGCAUCCGACUAUUGUGCCCACCGAGGAAGAUGCUGCUGCAGCGCCAGACCCUCCCGUAGUAAAGGUUGAAGAUGGAGAGGAGCCCUCACUGUCAGCACCUCCAAAGCCCCGUCGUGGGGCCAAAGGAGGCAAGAAAGCAAAGCUACAGACCGCAGCCUCCAACAUCGAGCAAGUCAAAUGCGUCAUCGAGUGGCCGCCCUAUUUCAAGGCCCUGGAGACCACCCACCGCGCCCUCAACCUGGUCUUCACGUUCUGCUGCACGCGCAAGCACCUCGUCACGACCUUUGACACAAUCCAGUCGGCCGUCGAGAGCCACACCAAGCGCAAGCUGCAGGUCGCCGACGUCGCCGCCAUCGCGGCGCUGCGGCCGGACGGCAUCAACUUUGGCUAUGUGGACGAGGUGAUGCUGCAGAUCGACGUCAAGGGAGCCGAGAGGAACGAUACCUUCUUGACGGGCCGGGGCGGCCGGGGCUACAAGAACCAGGGGUUCGCCGCGGAUGCCAGUGUGGGCGGGAUCACGGGUACGGAGGCGCUGGGCGCGAGGGGCCACCCGGACGACGAAAACGGCGUCGUUGGCGGCAAGGAGGUGCUCUAUUUUGAGUUCAUCGACGGCGACCUCAAGAGGCAGGUCCAGUGCCGCAAGACGGGCGAGCCCACCAAGCCGACCAGGAAGCUGCGCGAGGAGGACCUCAAGAUGCCCGUGUACAGCCAGAAGCAGAUGACCGGGCUGAUCGAGAAGCGCAACGUCAAGUUCACCGCUGCGGUCAAUGAGUUCAUCAACAGGUGCGUCGAGCAGAGCCUAGACCCGGAGGUAGCGCUGAAGAGCGAGGCGGAGGUGUUCGUGCCUGUCCCCAGCGAGGAGACUCGGGAGAGCACGCCAAGGCCAGAUCUUAGCAGUACGCUCCCGGAGACGAUACCCAAGGAGAGGAAGAGCAUUCCCGAGAUCGUUCAUGAGUUGAAGAACAGCCCCUGGUAUACGGGCCAGAUCGUACCCGACGGCCACAGGGUGUUUGAGGUACAGGAGCCGGUAUUCGGCGACCUCAACUUCCUACUGAGCCAGGACUUGGUGAACGCGCUAUACAAUGCAAAAGGCAUCACUCAAUUCUUUGCGCACCAAGCGGAAGCUAUCAAUAACCUGCAUGACGGCCACCACGUCGUCAUUUCCACCUCAACGAGUUCUGGCAAGUCGCUCAUUUACCAGUUGCCAGUCUUACACGCCUUAGAGCAGGACCCAAACACAAGGGCAAUGUACAUAUUCCCCACCAAGGCUCUGGCACAGGACCAAAGGCGCAGCCUGAAGGACAUGCUCUCAUACCUGCCGGGCCUAGAAAACACGCUCGUCGACACCUUCGACGGCGACACGCCAUGGAAAGAGCGCAACAUGAUCCGCGACGAGGCGCGCAUCAUCUUCACGAACCCGGACAUGCUACACAUAUCCAUCCUGCCGCAGGAGGAGCGCUGGCGCACUUUCCUCCAGAACCUCAAGUACGUCGUCGUCGACGAGCUUCACUACUACAACGGCCUGAUGGGCAGUCAUGUUGCCUUCAUCAUGCGGCGGCUGCGGCGGAUCUGCGCCGCCGUGGGCAACAGGAGGGUCAAGUUCGUCAGUUGCUCCGCGACCGUCGCGAACCCGCGGGAGCACUUUGGCACGAUCUUUGGCAUCGACGACGUUCACCUCGUGGACUUCGACGGGAGCCCGUCCGGCAGGAAAGAAUUCUUGUGCUGGAACACGCCGUAUAAGGACCCUGGAGACCCGACGAGUGGUAGGGGUAAUACCAAAUUCGAAUGUGCGAGGCUGUUCUGCCAGCUUAUCCUUCGCGGCGUGAGGGUCAUUGCUUUCACCAGGGUGCGGGAGCAGUGCGAGAAGCUCGUGGGGGCGGUUAAGCACGAGCUAGAGAGAUUAGGUCGCAGCGACUGCAUCAACCGUGUGAUGGGUUAUCGGGGCGGAUAUACUGCUCAGGAUCGGCGCCGGAUCGAGACUGAGAUGUUUGAGGGGAAACUCAUUGGGAUCAUCGCCACUACGGCCCUCGAGCUGGGCGUUGACAUUGGCAGUCUCGAUUGUGUCUUGACGUGGGGCUUUCCGUACACCAUUUCAAACCUCCGGCAGCAGAGUGGCAGGGCUGGGAGGAGGAAUAAGGACUCUUUGUCCAUCCUUGUGGGCGAUUGUUUCCCAACGGACCAGCAUUUCAUGCAGAAUCCGGAUGAGCUGUUCACCAGGCCCAACGCAGAGCUCCAGGUGGAUCUUGAGAACAUGAUGGUCCGGGAGGGACAUAUCCAAUGUGCGGCUUAUGAGAUGCCGAUACGGCCGAAGGAAGACGCGAAGUACUUUGGUGAAGACAUCGAGAAACUCUGCCAGGAGCGGCUGGUCAAAGAUGAUUCAGGCUUCUACCAUACCCACGAGCGUUUCCGGCCGCAGCCUUCAAAAUUUGUUUCGAUCCGAGAUACUGAAGAAGAUCAUUUCGCUAUCAUAGACAUCUCUCACGGGCGCAACGUGGUUCUCGAAGAGCUUGAGGCAUCCCGAGCAACAUUCACAAUCUACGACGGCGCGAUCUUCCUACACCAAGGCGUAACAUACCUUGUCCGGGAGGUCAACCCGGAGAAGCAAAUGGCCCGGGUCGAGAAGGUCAAGGUGGACUGGACCACGACCCAGCGUGACUACACCGACAUUGACCCUAUCGAGACCGAAGCCAUCCGCAAGAUCAAGGGAUCGCAGUCGCGCGCGUUCUUCGGCACGAUCAAGAUUAAACAGGUCGUCUUUGGAUACUUCAAAGUAGACCGGCAAAACCGGGUGCUGGACGCGGUGCACGUCGACAACCCGCCGGUAAUCCGCUUCAGCAAGGGCAUGUGGAUCGACCUCCCGCGGCGGGCCCUCGAGAUCCUCGAGUCGCGACGAUUGCACGUGGCGGGGGCGAUCCACGCAGCCGAGCACGCCAUGAUGAGCCUGGUGCCUAACUUCGUGAUGAGCAUGCCGGGAGACGUGCGGACUGAGUGCAAGAACAGCCUCAAGGAGUUCGCGGCGCAGAACUCGAACCGCAAGCGGCCGGCGCGCCUGACCUUCUACGACGCCAAGGGCGGCGCCGGCGGCAGCGGCAUUAACACCAAGGCGUUCGAGUCCGUCGACGUGCUGCUGCACCAGGCGCUGGACCGCAUCGAGGCCUGCCGCUGCCACGCAGGCUGCCCCGAGUGCGUCGCCAGCGAGUUCUGCAAGCAUGCCAACGAGGUCAUGAGCAAGGCCGGCGCCGAGGUCGUCCUCCGGAGCCUGUUGGACCUUGAGAUCGACGUUGAUUCGUUGCCAAUGGGCCCUGAAGAGGGCUGGAACGGCCCCGUCGAGCUGAUUGAGACGAUUGUGCUUGCCACACCGGUGCGGCCGCGGGACCGUGGGGCUUUGAGGCUUAUUGAUAUCAAAGAGGAGGAAGUUGAUGAGCCUGUUGUCUUGCCGGAGUGA